AUGCCACAUCAUAGUGACAGUAGUGAUACAGACAGCUCCUCUGGGUCCAGUCCUGAUGACCGUCGUCGCAGACAGAGGAGCAGCAGUUCUACUCCCCCACGAAAGCAAAAAAAAUAUGUCAGAAAUUCGCCAGACUACAGUCGGAAGCAAAUGUCAAGGUCACCAGUAAGAAGGAGAAAAAGUUCAAGGUCACCAGAAUUCAAACAUCCAAAGCCACCAGAGUGGAGAUGGGGAAAUGGGCCCCCUGAGGAAAAUGGCUAUCGCAAUAGGGGAGAUAAUGGAGGUCGACAGAAUCGAGGUGGAUUUCAAGGUCAUGGAGGAAGGGGACAUGAGGGAAAGGGGGUCAAACAGACCCAUAAUCAGCAAUUACCUGAGUUCCUAGAAAGUCGUCGGUGUGAGAGGGAACGUAUAGGUGUUUGUGGAGCACAUGAAAUCUGGGGGGCAUCUCCAAGUCAUCUUUUAGACUCAGAAUCUGAUGAGGAAAACAUGGGUAAGAAGAAACAGAGGAAAAGCAGGAAGGAAUCUGAAUCCGAAUCCCAAAGUGACGAUGACAGCUCUGACUCCGAAGAUACUGAACUCCAGAACUCAUCCCAAGCAAGGAAAAAAAUCAAAGAUGUGACUCCUAAAAAGAAGAAAAGCAGCAGAAAACAUGGUAAGAAGUACAAAAAGGAAAAGAAAUCUAAGAAGGCAAGGAAGAAGAAAAAAAUAAGUGAGAGUGAUUCUGAGUCUGACAGUGACAGCGGUGAAGAAGAGGAAAUUGUCUGGGUGGAAAAGAAAAAGAAGAUAGAAGGGGAGGUCAGUGAUGAAGAUGUGGUCGGUCCUUCUGAACAUGUGGAGUCAUCGAUCACCAAACAGCUGGACUAUGGUAAGGCCUUAUUGCCAGGAGAAGGUGCAGCCAUGGCAGCCUACAUAGCGGAGGGCAAGCGUAUCCCACGCCGAGGAGAAAUUGGUCUCACCAGCAAUGAGAUUGUUUCAUUUGAGGAUAUUGGAUAUGUAAUGAGUGGAAGCAGACAUCGUCGUAUGGAGGCUGUUCGUCUACGUAAAGAAAACCAAAUCUACAGUGCAGAUGAAAAGCGAGCUUUAGCUAAAUUUAACCAUGAGGAAAGGUCGAAGCGAGAGACGAAGAUCCUGUCCCAGUUCAAGGAAAUGGUGCGAAAAAAGACUGGAAACAAACACUAGUUAUUAUGUAGGAACUGUCGCAGAUUGUUCUGUGGUAUCUGAUGAUUGUUCCAACAAAGACUUCAAAUGCAGGGCAGAACAAUUUAAAAUAUAUUGUAAUAUUGACCAAAAAAAAAGUGUUGUACAUAUUGAUCAUUAUUGAUGUAAGAACUCAUAUAAUUACAUAGAUGAGACUAUUAA